CUCUCGAAGAAAAAACCUAGCGCAGCAGUCUGUCGCCAUGGACGCAUCCGUGAUCAAAGGUGUGGAAGGUCUGGAAUUGAACGGUAGUGAUGCAGCGAUUCGAAAGAGCAGCAUUAGAAGGAUUGCGGUUGAGGGAUACGAUAGUUCCUCUCGUAAGGAUGUUGUUGAAGAGGGCCUGAGAAAACACUUCGCAUCACGUGGAAUAAAGCUAAUACAUGCUUUUGCUCACGAACUCGACUUCAAUCGUACUAUUCUCUGCAGAUGCGGAUUAAUCUACGUUAACGAAGAAGAUGAAGAAAAGGCGUUGACGUUUGAUGGAAGUGACAUGGGAGGACGUAUUUUACGAUUUACGGCUUACCCUUUUGACAGCAAUCGCCUUGACCAUUUCUUUGCUACUCCCGAAGCACAAGACAAAUACCGACAGCGCGUAUUGAAUGUUACAGGAUUUGAUACUUCCCUUGCUGAGGAUGAGGUCGAGGAGAUGGCACGUGGGGUUUUCCCUGGAUCCUAUUGUUCUGUUUUGGAGGAAGUGGUUUUCGUUCAUCUCCGUGGAAAAGAUGCUGUUGAAAAGGCUCUGAUACUUAGCGGACGUUCUGCGGGAGGCUUUAAUCUUGUUGUUAAUGCUGUCCUCCCACUAAGAAAGGAUAGCGGCGGUGGCGUCUCUCUCGCACGUAUUUUGGCUAUGGCUGAGAGAACUGAAGCAAUUAGGUUGGCUAAGGGUAAGAGAACUAAAGCAGCUAGGUUGGCUAAGGCUGAGAGAGCUAAAGCAGCUAGGUUGGCUAUGGCUGAGAAAGAUAAAGCAAUUCUAUCUGAGGGAAAUCAGAAGUCGAUCAUGACUACCGACUAGAAAUCUCUCUCUCUCUCUCUCUCUCUCUCUCUCUC